AUGACACUCUCCAAUCGUCCCAGGCGACUGCGCCCAGUCCGCCAACAAGGUCGCGCCUUCUAUCUGACGGCCCUGGUCAUCACUCUCUUUACUUGUUAUAGCUUCAUACGAGACCGGAAUUAUGGCCACCUUUCUCGGACGAAGAAGUUCGACACUCGCUCUAUCGCACCACGCGAUCUCGAGUGUCGACUUGUCCACACUUCCAAAGACCAAUGUACUUUUGUCAAGGAAAAUUGUCCCGACGAAGAAGCCGGCCUCAUCUCCUACCUCCAGCUCUACUACUGCUCGCUCGCCGAUGCUCAGCCGUUCGCGUUUCUGCUCCUCGUCGUUUGGGUAUGUCUCCUCUUCAGCACGAUCGGCAUCGCAGCCUCCGAUUUCCUCUGUAUCAACCUGAGUACGAUUGCGAACAUACUGGGGAUGAGCGAGAGUUUGACGGGUGUCACUUUUCUGGCCUUUGGAAAUGGCAGCCCCGACGUCUUUUCCACCUUCGCCGCCAUGCGAAGUAACAGUGGCAGCUUAGCUGUGGGGGAGUUGGUGGGCGCGGCCAGCUUCAUCACUGCUGUGGUAGCGGGGAGCAUGGCCUUGGUUGCGCCUUUCCAAGUCGCCAAGAGAAGUUUUAUUCGCGACGUUGGGUUCUUCGCAGUCUCGGCGAGUUUCAGUCUGGUAUUCCUCGCGGAUGGGAGUCUGCGAUUCUGGGAGUCCAUCACCAUGAUCGCAUAUUACGUUUUCUAUGUGUUUUUUGUGGUCGGCUGGCACUGGUGGCUGUCCCGACGACGGAAGAGGAAGCUUGCCGAGACUGCGGCGAGACUGCAUCACCACAUUCCGGAAUCACAGGAGUUGGAGGUGCCCGAAAUCGAGGAGGACGAAGAAGCACGCCCUGCUACGGAACGAACUGGCCUCUUGCGUGAGCAGUCCAGCGAGACUAUCCCAACCUUGCGGACACCAGGAACCCCAGCCUGGAAAGUUGACGAUCUCGACGACGACGACGAAACGCGAGACCGAUAUCUGGCUGAAUUGCAAAGCAGGAUGAGGGUGGGCCGACCAGCACGAGGCGAGCGAAGGAAUACAAUGACCCCGAUCCGGCCGAGCUUGAUAGGGGCGCUGGAAUUUCGAUCACUUAUGACUUCGCUAGAGAAGAAAGCCACCCAUUCCCAACCUAUUGGCUUACGGAGGUAUUCUGACGACGCCUCGGCCUCCCAUUCUCCCAUUCCCGUCAGUGCACCACCCGGCGCUUCUCAACCCAAUCUGGUCAGCACACAUUAUACGGACUUGGAGGGCGAGAGUCCACGUCGCGCACGAGCCGUGUCUGCAAAUGAUGCCACUCAUCUGCACAUCGAUACGGAUUUUCUUAGCGACAGACAUUCUGAGAGAAGCUCAGAAAGUGUCCUCACCAGCGGUGAUUCCGAUUCAAAGGCUCCUGCUGCAAACCACACGAGGCCGAGCGCCCACAUUCUCAGAACACUGAACGACCCAUCUUCUCAAAGACCCCCUUCACCUAAACUCAUUGUGUCUACUUCAGGUGCUAAAGUCCCAGAGACAGGCUCCCUCUCCGCCGAGCGUCCCAGAUCGCCGAAUCUCUUGGCACCGCCGACAACGACCUUCCACCGACCGGACUACCAGGAAGAACAUCAUUCUCCCAAUCGAAGUCCGCUGCUGUCGCCCGGCUCCGGACCGACACUGCAAGUGCCUAUUCUGCAUACGCCACAUCCCGACCACUCCAAGGGAGUUCUGCGUCACGAGGAUUUUCCGCCAUACGUGGAUUCUCCAAUGCUCCUGACCCCGAUGUCCUCCCGGCCUCCAAGUAUUCACCUACCGGCACCCAGUAUGUCGCCCCAGUCAACUCACCAUCUGGGCCUUCUGCCGGACGAGGAGGAACCGCCGAUGCGGAGAUUCUCGUGGUGGCCGUACCGAUACCUUCCUGCUCCUCAGGUUAUCUGCGCGGCAUUGUUUCCUACCAUUUAUGGGUGGCGGGAGAAGUCGUACACGGACAAGGUACUGGGGGUGGUGACUGCACCCAGCGUCUUUCUGCUGGCCAUUACACUUCCAGUUGUCGAGCCCAGGGAGGAAAAGCCGGUGGUCACGGAUCCCGAACUCCUGACCCCAGCGGAGGGCAUCCGGCGCAGGUCGGCAAGCUACCUUGAAACCACACACGACGUGCCAGGUCUAGAUCCGGUGUCGCCAUCAUCUGACGGACCGCCUCAUCCGCACGGCACGGGAAUCUCCCGACAAAUGUCGGAGCAUGGCAAAAGUCCUCAACCAAAGGUGGACGAGUUGGGUGGACCCAAGGACUGGAACAGAUGGUUGGUGUUCCUCCAAGUGUUCACAGCACCAUUCUUUGUCGUGACUAUCGCCUGGGCAAACAUGGAUGAUGAUCUGAGCAUGAGACUUUAUGUUCGCAUGGUACUGGGAUCACUGGUGUUUUCGCUCGUGGCGCUUCUUAUCCUCCUUUCACUCACAACGCCUGAUCGCGAACCAAAAUAUCGGCCACUACUCUGCUUCUUGGGGUUUGCUGUGGCCAUAGGAUGGAUUUCCACCAUUGCCAAUGAGGUGGUUGGCGUCCUCAAAGCCUUUGGGGUGAUUCUGGGCAUAUCGGACGCCAUAUUGGGUUUGACCAUCUUUGCUGUUGGCAACUCGUGCGGUGACCUGGUGGCGGAUAUCACGGUGGCCAAACUCGGAUACCCCGUCAUGGCCCUGUCGGCGUGCUUUGGUGGACCUAUGCUGAACAUUUUGCUGGGGAUCGGCAUUGGAGGCAUGUACAUGAGCAUCACUCACGCCUCUCACAAGCACGCCAAACAUCCUCACAAACCGAUCAAAUACAAACCCUACGAAAUCGACGUGAGUACGACGUUGAUGAUAUCGGGAAUCACGCUGCUCGUGACGUUAGUGGGAUUGCUCAUCGUGGUGCCAUUGAACGGAUGGAGGAUGGAUCGCAAGAUUGGGCUUGGAUUGAUCUUGCUGUGGUCAGUGUCGACGGUGGGCAAUGUGAUUGUGGAACUGCUUGGAUAUGGGGGAGACACGGUAAUGUCAGCCAUAGGGCGAUGA